GGGAUAAAAAGGAAGAUAACCCAAAGAAAGAACAAGAUCACGAAGAAUUUUCAAUCAUCAUUCACCAUUGUUAAACUAAAUCAGGAAUAAUGCGGAAAUUCACAGCCUUUGCAUGCGGCACUGGGGCCGGUCUGGCGACCUUCUACCUCACAAAACUGAGCGAGCCAAGGGCUGCGGUGCACAAUUCGUGGACGAGGAGCGAGAAGCCGGUGGAUGCGUGUGCGCUGUGGGACACCAAUUGGGACCUGCGCGACCCCAAGAGCCUGGUGAAGCCGGUGAAGAACGAUCUGUCCCAGGAGCAGAAUCGCUACAACAGUGAACUGGAGAAAGCUGUGCCCAAACAUGCCCGCCACAUAAUACUCAUUCGGCAUGGCGAGUACCUCGAUGUGGGGGACACAGACGAUACGCAUCACCUGACCGAACGUGGGCGGGAACAGGCCAAAUACACGGGCCAGCGUCUGAACGAGCUGGGCAUCAAGUGGGACAAGGUGAUUGCCUCGACAAUGGUGCGCGCCCAGGAGACGGCGGAUAUCAUACUCAAUGAGAUCGACUACGAGAAAAAUAAGGUGAAGAAUUGCGCCUUCCUGCGUGAGGGUGCCCCGAUACCGCCCCAGCCGCCAGUCGGCCACUGGAAGCCGGAAGCGUCGCAGUUCUUCAGAGACGGUGCCCGGAUCGAGGCCGCCUUCCGCCGGUACUUCUAUCGUGCCUAUCCCGACCAGGCCAAGGAGAGCUACACCCUCAUUGUGGGCCAUGGCAAUGUGAUCCGCUAUUUUGUGUGUCGAGCGCUUCAGUUCCCGCCCGAGGCCUGGCUGCGGAUCAGCAUUAAUCAUGCGUCCAUUACCUGGCUGACCAUCAGCCCAUCGGGGAACGUGUCCAUCAAGUACCUGGGCGACACCGGCUUCAUGCCCGUCAAGCAUCUGACCAAUCGGAUACCCCGCGCGGCCAAAAAUGUUGUUUAGAUUCGCUGUAGCGCCCGUAGUCUUCCCCCCGAGUAAACCGAACUGCCUUCCCUCCAAGAAGCUUCCCUCC